AUGUUAUUGAAAGGUGAUGAUGAUCUGCAACAGUUUAUGCAUACGGUAGAUGAUAUUCAAAGAAGGACGCAGUGUUGUGGUUUUGCUGGAAAUCACACGGAGUGGAUACAGAAAAGAAUAAUUCACUAUUAUGGUCCGAUAAAAAUUAUCGUAGAGAGAACUACUCUGAAACUAGAUACACGAUCUUUGAAUCAUAUGUUGAAGUUGUAG